GGAAGUAGGAGGGGUGGGGUACAAAAAUGCCCAGGGUAUAAAACCGUGGUCUGAGGUAAUGAACACUUAGUUCUGUCUUCUGCGUCAACUGGACCGUAUCUCUAGACCAAUAUGAAGGGGUCUAUCUUUGUUGUGGUAAUUCUCACCUCACUCUUGAUGGCUGGGAGAGCCGAUCAUAAAGAAGAGGAAGGUAAGAAAGAGGAGAAGGCCCCACCAGCGAACCCAUUCCUCCCCAUACAGGCAGCACUGCCCCCGCCCGUCGUCUCCCGCAGGAGAUCGAGCGGCUACGGCAAGCGCAGUAUUCCAGACGGCGCCCUCGAGGAGGCGGACGCCAUAGAAACAAGCCAGAGUGGAAAUGUGGGUCUCAACGGCGACCACCAUCCAUCAUUGCAGUUCCAGGCUUUCGCCUCCACUGGGGCAGGAACGCUGCCCACCAGGAGGCGACCUGGAGGUUACGGAAAGUAAUGAUACGGUUACAGCGGCCGUAUCCAAUUGGGUACAGUGACCAAAGCACGGCCAUUUGCAUCUGACGUCAAAACAAGUCCUACCUUAUUACCCAGUGUUGUAAUGUUGGCCGUGAACCAUUAAUUCUGACUAUUUAUGCAAUAAAUUAUUGAAGGAGUA